AUGUUCUCAAUCGACUCGAAUGCGUUGAAUCAGACGCGAUUUGUGGUUCAUCCGCUCAAGCCUAUCAACUUGUCAACACCCUUUGAUAGCACAGAAUCUCAAUCUCCUGGAGAAACCACGCGCAUAUCGGAUUCGGAUUCAGAUUCUAAUCAAUCGGGCGAUGUUCAAUUGGAGGAUGACGAACCUGACGUAUGGACCGUCAAGGCCAGCGAGGGUAUUGCCAAGAACUCGACGUUCUCUUGGGAUGCACCGGUCAAAGGUCUUCCAACUCGAAGUGCGUUUUUGUCCGAGCAGUCAGCAAAGGUGUUUGUUGCUGCGCGGUUCCAUGUUCAACCUCGGCUGAUCUCGGACGGUGACGCUGUCCGACGUUUUAUCUCUCCCGCAGACCUAUUGUCAUCCUUGAGAACUACAUUACUUGGAGGAACCUCUCAAUUGUUCAGCUGGGACGAGAGAGAUGCUCAGCACACCGUAAGGGUGGAAAACAAUGAGUUUGGACAGACCAUAUUAGUACUAGGGGAGUUGAGUGAAGAAACUACCUCAAGUUUGAUAGCGCCGCUUCUUGAAAUAGGCACAUUGAUACGGCGCAUAGAAAAUACUGUAUUAGAGUUGCGUAGGCCAUCGACAGCGGCUGCAUCACGGGCACUGGCAUAUUCUCUCCAAUCUAUAAUCAGUUUGAUUCAGUCAGAAUUGACUACCCGACUUCCCGAGACAUUGACCAUGGCGUCCUUGUCGCGUUUAUCCACGAGUUUCAAUGAUCUUCGAUUCGAGCUGACUACUCUGGCCGAAUUGUGCCAUUGUCCUCUAAACGAAUCUCCUCCUUUCGCCGAGCUUCCUAGCACACAGACAUCGCUUCUGGACCACUUGUUUUUGGCCCUGGACCAUGCGAUAUCCCAUUCUGCUCCGUACAGGACCUCGGCUAUGAUUGCGUAUCUUCUUGUGACCUCGAGCCAAGACUUCAAUGACUCGUUAGCUGUGACAAUUGGAUUGGUAUUACGAUCAUCUCGUCCAGCCAAGAGCUUGGUUUCGGGUCAUAAAAUAGACCUUCCGUCAUUUUUCUCUGAGCGGUCAAAACUAGUGCUUGGUAGCGCGGCUCGAGCGUUGGACAUUCUAAGGCGUGCGGAUCCCGAGCAUCCGCUAUGUCGAACAGACUGGGCCUGGAAGGGGCCCGGAUGGGGGUGGUUCGACAAAGAUCUUCAUGCCGUUGAUGCUCUUACUCAAAAGCACAUCUUGAAUGUUCGAAAGACACUAAAUGGAUUAUACGGAGCUGCUUAUGCGAUUACAAGUCCCGUUGAGUCGGAGGACAACGAAAACGAAACACAUUCUAUUACAUCCAAAGAUGGCAUAUCUCCCUCUUCAGAGCCGACCGAAACUACCACGAGUGUGCCGUCUCCAUCUGAGCCAGUGCGCGUAUACAAACCUGAGAUUGCUACGUUUAGUGUAUUCGAUCAACCCCCGGGUUCUCAUAUUCCCGCACCAAUAAAAGAUAUAUCGGUUGCACAGUUCAUAUCCAACGGUCCUAGGGUGCUUCCUCUUUCUGCUCCUACGCUCCCUCUCUUAUUAGACGUUAGCUUACUGGCUCUCCCGCUUGCCCAUUCUCGCCUGAUUAGCUCGGCACUGUUUCGUGUGUUUACUGGUCGCCUAGCUUUCAAAGCUCACCUCAAAGUUCUCAGGGGAUUUCUUCUCGGUGACGACGCCAAGUUCUGGUCCCGUCUACGUGGGCUUUAUUUGAAGAGGCGGGUAUAUCUCAUGUCAGCGCUGCAAGACAAUAUGGCAGAUGAACGUGCGGAGCGCGAAGGGCGUUCCCGGGAGUGGGGUGUAGGACUUGCAGUUGGAUUGAGUGACCGGGAGGGUGCAGGAACCUGGCCCCCAGGUGGUGCUGAGUUGGGCUUGCGCCUGAGACAUGUUAUCGACGACACAUUGGGGGUUGGUUGGGGGAUCGCAUCUACUUCAGAUUCUGACGACGAGGAAUCUGAAACGGCUCGCGAGAGAGGUCCUGAGCGGAUUGUCCUGAAGGAAACUCCAUGGAGACUCGGCUUCAUAUUGAGAGACUUGGAAGAGGAGAGCCCUGAGGGGCGAGCACGAUGGCUGAAUCCCAAUGCGAUUGAGGCACUUGACUUCCUUUGCUUGGACUACAAGCCGCCUGAUCCUAUAGAUGCCAUCAUAACCCUCGACAUUCGGCACAAAAUGCAUAGAAUAUUUACGUUUUUACUCCGCCUGUUGCGAGUUGAAACAGUCACUCGUAUUUUGUUCAACACAAUAUUCCAAGAAGAAGGACUAGACAGCCCACCUGUUCUCCUCAUGGCACGAUUCAAGAUUCAGUCGUUUAUCAGUAGCCUAAUUGGAUACGUUAAAGACAUGGCUAUCGGAUUUCAUUGGGAUUCGUUCCUGGCCAAACUUGAUGAAAUCGAACGGGAAGACGAGAGUAAAAGUGAAUCAACCCUGCCACGAGAUCUAAAGAAAGAACGCAUGGCUUCUGAUAUAUUCGCGGUUCAUUCUCAUCUCUCAAAUACAAUGGACCAAAUACUGGAGUCAUGUUUACUCCGCGCCCGCCAGCGUGCAGUUGGUAACGCACUCAAGGAGUGCAUGGAAGCGGUUCUCGUUCUCGGCAAGCUGGUAGGGGACCGUUGCCGUCAGCAUUCCAGCUCAUUUCAGGACGAAACAUACGAAAAACAGUUUGUUCUAAAUGUCGCCAAAGUUCUACGGCGUUUCGAUAGACUGCAUAAUGCGUUGAUUGCCGCUUUGCGUGCAUUGGACCUGAAAGGCGUUAGCAUUGCGGCAGGAGCCGGUCCUCUAUCGACUGAUGAUAUUCAAUUACUGCGAAGACAAGAGGGUGAAAGUGAAGGUAUAUACGGGCGAAUGGCAACUUGGCUUGAUCCAGCAGCCCGCUGCACCAAACCAAAAACAAUAACCGCCUAA